AUGCCGGCUACCUGGAUUUCGUCAGAUGUGCCUGAACAGCAAACCCCAAAAUCCGCUCAGCAGGGCCGCUUUCAAAUGCCAGCGGAAAGCGCUCGCCACUCGCACACCUUGAUGGCUUUCCCAAGCAUGGAAUCCGCAGAAAGCGCAGAGCACCUUGAAGCGCUACAAUCCGAAGUGGUGCACAUCGCCAACGCUAUCUCCCGCUUCGAACCUGUCCACCUCUACGCCCAGGACGGACUCAUCUCACAAGCAAAAUCUAUGGUCAGCGACAAUGUUUCGGUUGGGCCAGCCACAGCAAGCGAACUCUGGAUCCGCGACAGCGGGCCGGUCUUCGUCCAAGACUUGCCGGCCGGUAAACGGACGGCAGUGAAGUUCAAUUUCAACUACUGGGGCGGCAAACUCCCGGCCAUUGGUGACGAGAACGUCGCUGCCCAGAUCGCUGCGCAUGAAAACGAAACAAUAGUAACCUCAAAAAUCACCAUGGAAGGAGGCGGCAUUGAGCAUGACGGCGAAGGGACUUUCCUCGGCACCGAAAGCUGUAUCAUCAACGAAAACCGUAAUCCCGGAUUCUCCAAGUCUGAAAUCGAGACCGAGCUCAUGGGCAAGCUCGGGGUCAGGCAUUUCAUCUGGAUACCUGGCGUCAAAGGCUACGAUAUCACAGACUACCACAUCGACGCGCUAGCACGCUUCACAUCACCUGGCGUCGUGCUCCUGAGCAAGCCUGGCCCUAAUGCGCAUUCCACCGCAAUCGACGUCUACAAUUCUGCCCGCUCUAUCCUCACAUCCGCAAAAGACGCAAAAGGCCGCAAAGUAAUCGUCUACGACUGCGAGGAACCGGACGCAACACUACUUGGACCACCAGAUCAACACAACGAAGUCAUUGGAUCGUAUGUCAAUUAUCUCCUUGUAAAUGGGGGCGUUAUCAUGCCCAAAUUCGGACAGGAAAGACAGGAUAUUGCGGCCUUUGAGUUGUUCAAACGAUUGUUUCCUGAGAGGGAGGUGGUGCAGGUGCCGAUCAACAUCUUGCCUAGGACGGGUGGAGGCAUCCAUUGUGCAACACAGCAAGUUCCGGAAAUCUGA